GCGGGCGGGGCGCGUCGAGGGCGCCGGCGGGCGGGUUUGAAUCUGGUCCGAGCGCGGGAAACGGCGGGUCCUGGGGAUGAGGGCUACAGAAUAAAUGUCUCAGGAAAGACAGUGUGGCCUGCCAUGGAAAAACGGGAGACGUUUGUACAAGCAGUGUCGAAGGAGCUGAUUGGAGAAUUUUUGCAGUUCAUUCAACUUAAUAAAGAUGCUUCUGACCCUUUCAAUCUAAAUGAAUUGCUAGAUGAAUUAUCAAGGAAACAGAAAGAAGAGUUAUGGCAAAGGCUCAAGAAUCUGUUAACAGACGUGUUGUUGGAGAGCCCGGUGGACAGGUGGCAGCCAGUGGAAGCCCUCGGUGAAGACAGUAUGCAAACAGAGCAGGGUUCAAAAAUGGGGAAGAACAUAGAAAUAAUUCAUGCCAUUACAUCUGUGAUUCUUGCUUCUGUAUCUGUAAUAAACGAAAACGAGAACUAUGAAGCCUUACUGGAGUGUGCUGUCAUAUUGAAUGGUAUUUUAUACGCCUUACCCGAGUCUGAACGCGCGCUGCAGGGUUCCAUCCAGGAUCUGUGUGUGACGUGGUGGGAGAGAGGCCUGCCUGCCAAGGAAGACAUGGGCAAGACGGCUUUCAUCAUGCUGCUGAGGAGGAGUCUCGAGACGAAAACGGGUGCAGACGUAUGUCGGCUUUGGCGUAUCCAUCAAGCUUUGUACUGUUUUGAUUAUGAUUUGGAGGAAAGUAGAGAAAUUAAAGACAUGCUGCUUGAGUGCUUUAUCAACAUUAAUUAUAUCAAGAAAGAAGAGGGGAGAAGAUUUCUUAGUUCUCUCUUCAAUUGGAAUAUAAAUUUUAUUAAAAUGAUCCAUGGGACCAUUAAAAACCAAUUACAGGGACUACAAAAAUCUUUGAUGGUACACAUCGCAGAAAUUUAUUUCAGAGCUUGGAAAAAGGCUUCAGGGAAAAUAUUGGAGGCCAUCGAAAACAGCUGCAUCCAGGACUUCAUGUACCACGGGGUCCAUCUUCACCGGAGGUCUCCAGUGCACGCCAGGGUGCGCGAGAUACUGAGCUAUUUUCAUAACCAGAAGAAAGUUCGGCAGGGAGUGGAAGAGAUGCUUUACAGACUGUAUAAGCCCAUCCUCUGGAGAGGAUUAAAGGCCAGAAACUCGGAAGUCCGGUCCAAUGCUGCCCUGUUGUUCGUGGAAGCGUUUCCUAUUCGGGAUCCAAACUUUAAUGCCAUCGAAAUGGAUAGCGAGAUCCAGAAACAGUUUGAAGAACUCUAUAGCCUUUUAGAAGAUCCUUAUCCGAUGGUCCGUUCCACAGGGAUCCUUGGUGUUUGUAAAAUAACUUCCAAAUACUGGGAGAUGAUGCCUCCGACCAUCCUCAUUGAUCUCCUCAAGAAAGUGACGGGGGAGCUGGCAUUUGAUGCGAGCUCAGCUGACGUGCGCUGUUCUGUCUUUAAGUGUCUGCCGAUAAUUUUGGAUAAUAAACUAAGCCACCCGUUAUUAGAACAACUUCUGCCGGCCUUAAAAUACUGCCUCCAUGACAAUUCGGAGAAAGUGAGAGUGGCUUUUGUUGACAUGCUGCUGAAAGUUAAGGCCGUGAGGGCUGCUAAGUUUUGGAAAAUCUGCCCCAUGGAGCACAUCCUGGUUCGCCUGGAGUCGGACUCGCUGCCCGUCUCGCGGCGCCUGGUGGGGCUGGUCUUCAGCUCCUUCCUGCCCGUGAACCAGCCCGAGGAGGUGUGGUGCGAGCGCUGCGUGGCGCUGCUGCAGAUGAACGGCGCGGCCGCGCGGCGCUUCUACCAGCACGCGCAUGAGCACACGGCCUGCGCCAACAUAGCCAAGCUGAUCCACGUGAUCCGCCACUGCCUGAACGCCUGCAUCCGGAGGGCCCUGAGCGCCUGCGGGGAGGACGAGGAGGAGCGCGGCAAGGAGAACGCGCGCGUUCUGGACCAAACGCUGUCAGUAAGCGACACUGCGUCCAUGGCAGGCUUGCUAGAGGUUGUCGUGAUUCUCUGGAGAAGCAUCUACCGGAGCUUGGAGAGCAACAAAGAGGCCCAAGGCUACACCGUCAGCAAGUUCGCCUCUGCGCUGCCCGAGUACAUGAAAGUGUUCAAGGAUGACCGCUGCAAGACCCCUUUGUCCAUGCUGGCCUCCCUGAUGCCUGCCUCGGCCGUGCCCGCCUUCAGCUGUGGUGUGAUUUCAACACUAAGAAACCAAGAGGAAGGAACGGCCGACAAGAGCUACUGCAUCUUGUUGGACUGUCUCUGCUCCUGGGGACACGUGGGACACGUCCUGGAGCUCGUCCUCGACUGGCUGCCAGGGGAGCCGCCUCAGAGCAAGAGUAACUCGGCGUCUAAGCGGAAGGUGCGGCUCCAGGACCCACGCCCGGUCAAACCCGGAUUGGCGCUGGUCUAUGUGGAGUAUUUGCUGACCCACUCGAAGAACCGAGAGUGCCUGCUCUCCGCUCCCCAGAAGACCCUGGACCGUCUUCUGAAAGCCCUGGAGGCGUCGAAGGUGGCUCUGGAAUCGAUUUUGCAGUGGCCGGAAGAGAGCCCUGACCGCCUGAGCGAAGGAGCUGCCCUGCGCGCCUUCAGCCUGCACUGUCGGUUGGGGGUCCACCUUCAGCACAAGCUCUGCUCAGGAGGCACCGUGUACCUGUCCACUUUGGAAGACACUGGGUUUUGGUUAGAAAGCAAAGUUUUAUCCUUUAUGCAAGAUCAAGAAGAAGAACAUCUGAAGCUUCGCAGGGUCGUUUAUCAGCAGAUUAUCCAGACCUACCUGACUGUGUGUAAGGACGUCGUGAUGGUCGGCCUUGGCGACUGCAGGUUUCAGAUACAGCUUUUACAGCGGAGUCUUGGAAUCAUGCAAACAGUGAAGGGGUUCUUUUACGUUUCACUGCUUCUCGGCAUUCUGAAAGAAGUAACUAGAAGUUCCCUGAUGCAGAAAACAGAUUCAGGGGAAGACGUCGCAACCCUGUUUGAUAUGGUCCAGAAAGUAUUUCAGCAGAUGCUGGAAUGUAUGGCUCGGAGCUUCAGGAAGCAACCAGAAGAAGGCUUGCGGCUCCUUUACUCCGUUCAGACGCCUCUUCAGGAAUUUAUCACCACCGUGCAGGCGUGGCACCCGGGCACGCCCGUCCACCGGGGCGUGCUCUCCACUCUGAUCGCCGCGUCUGUGGUCGAGAUCAGUCACCGGCUCCAGAAGGUUUCCGAUACUGAAGAGGUUGCUCCCCCAGAGUGUCUUUCAGACCUCCCGCCAUUCUCUCGGUGUUUGAUAGGAAUCGUGAUGAAACCUCCCGACGUAGUCAGGUCAUUUUUAGAUGAAUUGAAGGCCUGUGUCACUUCUGAGGACAUUGAAGGCAUUGUAUGUCUCACAGCUGUUACGCACAUUAUCUUGGUCAUUAAUAAAGGUAAAAAUAAGAGUUCCAAAGUGAAGGAUGUGGCAGCUACUGUGCACAGAAAACUAAAGACAUUCAUGGAAAUUACUUUGGAAGAAGAUAGCUUGGAAAGAUUCCUCUACGAAUCAUCAUCGAGAACUUUGGGAGCGCUUUUGAAUUCGUGACCAAGCCAGCGUCUUUGGCCUUGUAAACAGAGAAAAGGGAGUUGGCGAGUGAAUGUGUAUUUUCUUAGUGUUUUUAAUGCUGACAGCCCAUAUAAAUGGAGAAAGGGUGCCGUUCAUGUCGGGGUGGGUAUGAGUAGAAAACUCAAAGGUUCUUAAUUGUUUGCCUCGUGCCUGUAUAAAUAAUAUAUUUAACUUAAUGAACUCCAGGUAUCAAUGGUGCAGAAACCUGUGGUGCAAAGGAAAAAAAAGACGCUUUUCUAGCAAACCUGGUUGUUUUAAAAAUGACUUUUAUAUAUAAUAUUGCUUGCAAGCUAUGAGUAAUAAAGCCGUGACAAUA